UGAAAUUGACGUAAGUUCCUAAUGGAUUCCAUUGCCCAAAGUAAUGCUUCCAUCUCCGCAUGUAGAGGAGAUAGACUAGCCCGAACAUUCCUUGCCCCCAUCAACCCUUCAAAACUUUCUAAAGUACUAAACCACCCCUGCCCGGAGAAACCGCUAUCCUCUUUCCAGGAACCAUUAGUGAAGCACCGUCUUCCUUGGAUUAACGGUAAUGCCAAAACCUCUGCAUGUGGCCCUGCCGAAAAGAUUUAUCAUUAUGUAAUUAACCAUAAAUUAACUUUAAUAAUAAAAUUAUCAUUAUCUAUUGUUUCUUUUAUUAAAAUUAAACUUAUGAAAUAUUAAGAUAAGUCAAUGUAUAUAUUGAUCAAUUAAACCAAUAAAAUAUUAUCAUUAUCUCUAUUUCAUUUUUUUAAGUUUUCUUCUAAAUUAUCAUUGAACUUUCUUUUUUAUUUAUUUUGUUCUUACUUGGAUUGUGUGUGUUUCAGUUUUUUUUUUGGUUCAAAAAUACAAAGUAGAUUAAGAGAGAUCAAAAGUUUACAUUCUUACUUUACGUUAUUGUGUGGAGUAUUUGAUAUGUAAUUAUGCUUUUACGGUCUCAUAGUUUUAUAGCUUUUCUUUGUGUUAAGGAGACGUAGAUCGAAAUAAAAAUCGAAGAAAACUAAAAUGAUUAAGAAUGUAAAGAAUAAGUUAUCAUGAUGUUUAAAUCAUAUUACAUAUAUUAAUAAUUAUUAGUAAAACGAUAAUGUCCGUGCGGGCAAAAUAUCUAAUUUAUAUUAAUAAAAGAGUUUAAAUGACAAUUCCACAUUUUUUUAAUAUUUAAAUCAGUAUUGAUAUCAGUCCAAGGAAAACAAAAAGAACGUUCAUCAAAAGAAGCUGAGGGUAUAGUAAUUAAGACUGACCCAAACCGGUGGUUUGAAAAUUGUCUCAUCAUAUGCAAGAUUUAGCAUGAUGUUUACAGAAGGUGAGUUCGAGUCCAUAUGCAACAGAAAAGAUGUCGAUUCUACACUCUGUUUUGAGGUUUUAAAACCAAAUCCAAAGUUGUCGAUUCUACACUCUGAUCAACUAUACGUCUCGAAACGUUUCUGAUACGUUGAAGCAAUUAAAGUUGUAUGAAUCCAACACGACGGAUUGGCAGACGAUCAGAUUAUGCAAAGAGAUGUAUGAAAGCUCUCUUUAUCGUGAUGACGUUGUUCUAAAAGCUUUGGCAGCCAAGGAUUAUGACACCGUAAACAUUAAUGCCGGAGCUGCCUCGGACAAUAUGAUUUCGUGCAAUGAGGAAUUGUCAACGUUAAAGCCAGUACCACAAUCCUUGAUCACAAAGAAUACUGUCAUAGAAAAUCUGUCUAACAUUGUUUUAACGAUUCUUGAAUGUUUCAUAAGAAAAGAAAGUAGAUUAUGCAGUCAUUAGCCUAACUAAUGAUAUUGUUUGGUCUUUUUCUAUAAGCUUUUUCAUUCAAAUUGUUUUUCUUAGCUUGUUAUGCUUUAAUCUUUUUUUUUUUAAUAUUAGAGAACAAGCAACAGAGAGAGAGAGGCAUUAUUAAUUCAUCAGAAAACUUGACCCAAUACAACAAUCAUUUAAUUACACUAUCCUUCUCAUGACCCUAAAACCCAUAAUCAAAAUGAAUCAACACGACUUAAAGUGGCUACUCCACAACCAGAAACAUAUCGCUAGAAUCCAGAAAAUCGUCAAAAUCAAUGCGAGAGAGAACUCACAUUCACGCCGGAAAUGUUUAUAGUCGCUAGCUUGCGGCGACGAAUCGGAGUCGGAGUGCUGCCAUCAUCGAAUCCACCAAAAAAUUCAACUCAUUUUAGCUAAAUCGAAAGCAGUGGUGGCGGGUCAGGAUAUAGUAAUUAAGACCGACCCAAACCGGUGGUUUGAACAUUGAAUUGGCUAAUUAGAAUUUUCCGAUUUGGACCGGGUCUUUUUUAAGUUUACGCAAAAAAAUAAAGGGAAAACAAUAAUUUAACCACAAGUUUUUUUUUUGUAACUUAAAAUGAGCUUUGGGACAUUCGAACCUGAGAACCACUACCAGCAUUUAAUCACAAGUUUAGGAAGAAUUUUGUGUGAUACUUUCCAAAUUUGUGAGUGUUCCAAAGAAAUAACUUUCUAAAUUUGUGUUAUUUUUAUUUCCUUUACCAUUAAUGUAAUUCUGCAAAUUUUCACAAGUUUCACAUAAUUUUGCUAUUUAAUUAUGGCACAUUAUAUAUUAGCAUCUACGGCAAAAAGGAAACAAAAUCUGUGAAAAUGUAUAUAUUUUUAAUUCGUUUCACAAAAAAAUGGAAACUUUUAAGUCGGUCGACCUUAUAUAAAUCCUCAUAAGUUGUCCCACUUUUUUCGUGACCCUAUCAAAAAAUAAGUUAGAAGAAAAAAGAUGGUUGCAUACAUCAAAAAUAACUUCUUUUUGGUUUUUAUGAUUGUUUUACUUCUUGUUGUUUCAUCAUAUGCAAGACUUAGUAUGAUGGUUACAAAAGGUGAGGUCGAGUCCAUUUGCAAUAAAAAAGAUGUCGAUUCUACACUCUGUUUUGAGGUUCUAAAACCAAAUCCUACAAUUGCAAAGUUGGAUUUUACUGGUCUCGCCAACUUUUUGAUCAAUUAUACGUCUCGAAACAUUUCGGAUGUAUUGAAGGAAAUAAAGUUGUAUGAAAGCAACACGACGGAUUUGCAGACAAUCAAACUAUGCGAAGAGUUGUAUGACCUUUCUCUUUUUUCGGAUGAUCAUGCUCUGAAAGCUUUGGCAGCCAAGAAUUACGACAGCGUAAACUUUAAAGUCGGAGGUACAUUGGAAAACAUCGUUACGUGCAAUGAGGAAUUGUCAACAAUGAAACCGGUGCCACAAUCCUUGAUCGCAAAGAAUAAUGUUAUAAAAAAUCUAUCUGGUAUUGUUUUAACUAUUCUCGAAUGUUUCAUAAGAAAAGGUAGUAGAUUAUGUAGUCAUUAGCCUAACUAAGGAUAUUGUUUGGUCUUUUUCUACAAGUCUUUUCAUUCAAAUUGUUUUUCUUAGCUUGUUAUGCUUUAAUCAUUAUUUAUUUAUAUUAAUAAAAUAGUUUUAAGUGACAAUUCCAUUUUUUAAUAUUUAAAUCAGUAUUAACAUCAAUAAAGGAAAACAAAAAGAACAUUCACCGAAAUGUGGUGGCGGCUGAGGAUAUAGCAAUCAAGACGGACUGAUGGUUUGGACAUUGAGUCGGUUAAUCCGAAUUUUCCAAUUUGGACCGGGUCUUUUUUAAGUUUAAGCAGAAUUUUGGGUGAUACUUUCCAUAUCUGUGUUAUUUUUAUUUCCUUUACCAUUAUUGUAAAUUUGCAAAUUUUCACAAGUUUCACAUAAAUUUGCUAUUUAAUUAAGGCAUACUAUCUAUUAGCAUCUACAGCAGCAAAGGAAAGAAAAUCAAAGAAAAUCUGUGUAUCUGAACAGUUUGUUCUCUUCUCAUUAAGCCACAUAGGCAUCCACCUAGAUAAGUCAAUCUCUGCAGCGGUGACACGUGUUGAGUUUUGUCGAAACUCAUCGUUUCAUUAAAAUAAGAGAAUGCGAGUAGAUCUUCUUUGAUAUUUUCUUUUUCCUUUCUAAAAUCCUAAGCGUUUCACCUCCUACGGUUUCCAGAUUGAUAGUGAACUUUAAUAAUCAUCAAUAGAAACGUUCCCUUCAAUCACAUGUCCUAAAUUCACAUCUAAUCCCUUUCAAGCUUUCUCUAUCGUCAUGAGAUUCAAAGCUUUUAGUAAAAAGUUGGAUUCAUAAGAUUCCUUAGUCCGACGUCACCGUCGCUCCAACAAAUGAAGCCUCUGCCAGCCUCAGUCGUAAAUGGAAGUGGAAUCAAGGUUGAUUCAGAACGCUGUGCUGAUUGCAGUCAGUUGAUUGGAUUGAAGGAAAGACAUCUCUUUGCAAAUCGAAAUUAGAUGCCACCAACUUUGGCUUCAAGCUCUAUAACCACAGCUGGUGGUCCGCCUGCUCUAACUCCUGCACCACCUUCCAAACUGAUGUUCAGACCCGAGUUCUACCAAAAGCAGGAAGAAGUGACGCUAUCAAUUUUCUCCAAAGCAUAACGUAAAAAGUCGAGUUUGAUGACCAGAUUGUUAUGUUUUCCAGUUGAUGUUUCUCAUUUUGCUGGAGAAGAAGCUUAUCUUUCCUAACCAAGUUUGUUUGGGAAGAUAGUACGUGAAGUGCAUAUAUACAGUUUUUGGAACCAAAUGUUGAGAUCUGUCUCGCAAAAGCUGAGAUAGUAACUUGGGCAUCCCUUGAAUAUGGAAAAGGGAUAGCUCUUCUGCCUAGACCUAAUCUCGCAUCAGUUUUUUUAAAACAGCGAAGUCUUUAUUUCUGCUUACUUUUUCGCUUUGUUUUAAUCUAUUCAUAACAGCCGUGUGUGCCGUGAUACAGGACUCGGUGGACGUUGUGUUUAUGAGAAGAACUGAUGAAUUCCAAGCUAUGAAGAGACACAACAAUGUACUGUUGCAUCAUGCAUGGACGGUUAAUAGAUCAAAAGAUUCUGGAUGGAAAUACUGAGGUUGCUCCUGUUGCAACUCGAGUCCAUGUAAAUGGAUUGAAGGAAGGAUUGAGAGGACUGUUUCCAUUGACUAAAACAAGCCACUGAUUGUUGUGACAAGCAGUUGGAGGCAGGAAAAGAAGACUAGGAAGAUGCACAUCUCCUUCUGUGAGACACCUUCCAAUGCCAAGACGACUCUGGAAAAUCGACAGACACUGGUCACUUGAUCGACAAGCUUCAUGGUUUAGGAAGUUUUAGACCACCGAGUACUACUGCACUGUCUUUGCUGCUUCUUAACAUCUUGAUUUCAUCAAGAACAUGGUUAGUGGUACCUCCCAGGAUGAUUGUGCUGUUUUUAUCAUUGACUCCACCAUUGGUGGUUUCGAAGUUGGUAUCUCUAAGGAUGGACAGACCCAUGAGCACACUCUCCUUGCUUCACCCUUGAUGUCAAGUAAAUGAUUUUUUUUCUGUAACAAGAUGAAUGCAACUACCCCCAUAUACUCCAAGGGUAAGUACAAUGAGAUUAUCAGGGAGGUGUUUUCUUACUUAAAGAAGUUUGGAUACGACACUUGAAAAAUUUCAAUCGUCCCCAUCUCUGCUUUUGAGGAUGACAACAUGAUUGAGACGUCCACCAACCUUGACUGGUAUAAUGGACCAACUCUCCUUGAGGUUUUUGACCAGAUCAACGAGCCCAAGCGGCCCUCAGAUAAGCCCCUCCGUCUUCCACUCCAGGAUGUUUAAGGGUUGUAUUGGAAUGGUGCCAGUGGGUCGUGUGGAGCCUGGGUAUGGUUGUCACCUCUGCACUCUGGCCAGCGUGUUGGAUAUGAUCAGAGACAGAUGUAUUAAUAUACAAAAGCAGAUAAAAUGAGCAGAGAGUCAUGCGUUUGUGGAGCAACUCUAUGGAUGAGAGCACUUUACUUUAGAAAAGGAGGCCACGAUGGAUCUGUAUUUGUACAGCUUCAUGGAAUGCAUAAGGAGCAUCUUUUGGACAUCACUUUUCCAAACAUCCUUCACUUGCAAGUAAAUGACGGUCAAAAUAUCUUUAAUCAAGAUUUGUGCUCACAAAAAAUUAUAUGUAUUUAUUAAAGGUUUACAAGUGCUUUCAGUAUUGUAACUGUGAUUGGUCAUAUACGUUCUCUUCUGGGGAAGUUAGGAGAGGUACUUAGAACUAAAAGAGGAAGAGGAUGUAUUAUUAUAUUAAGGCUCCCAAGAAUAAAGAUACAAUACUUUGAUCCAACCCAAUAAAAAGAAACAUGAUUUUGGUAAUGAUAGUCUUAGUAGUUGUGUUAUCCAAUAUUGUUUGUUCUCAAUUACGUACGAGUAGUAAGUUUAUGUUCACUUUUGGAGAAUAACAUAUCAUAUGGUAUAACAUUUUUGUCUGGAAAAAAAUUCAAGGGGGAAAGGUUUGGCUAAAAAAUUUAGUCUAUAGAUAUUCAUAUACUAUAGAAAAACUACAAGAACAACUGACAAUUUGAGUAGUUAAUUUUUUUGGUUUAACUGGUUUAGUUUCUAGACAAGACCUUUUGAUUGUAUAGUUUCAACCUUCUCAGUUCUCACACUUUUUGAAUAUAAUGUUAUCCCUUAAGACUUCAUUUGGAAGGCUUAAUAUUUAUUUAAAUUAUAUUUAAGGAAAUAUAGGAAAUUGAUAUAUACAAAAAAUUCAUUUGUCGGCGACUCAUGUAAUUUCAAACGGAUUGUGUUUGUUAGAAUUACAAUUUUUAAAUGAAAACAAACAUCAUCUAUGAACAAUCAAUUUGCCUGGAAAACAUAUAUUACUAUUUCGUUCACAUUACAAAAACAAAAUGAUGAGUUCAAAUACAAAUAUUGGCAAAAAAUAAUAAAAUAUACAGGCGACGUAAUUUUUUCAUCAAAUUUCAUUUGAUAUUGAAAUAGUUUUUAUCUAUGUUUUCAGUCUUUCAACCAAUAAAUAUUAAAAUAAAUAAAUUAUUAACAAUAAUUUUGUGAAUAUAUGGAUGAACAUUAGAUGAUACUAAUAUUGGUUAAGAAAAAAAAUAAUUUAAGGAAAAUAUCUAUGUUUUUACUAAAUUUAGAAUUUUGUGUCUUGAAAUGAUACAUCAGUUUUUAUUACUAAUUUAAUAUUUUUUUAUAAAAGAUAUAUUUUACCAUAUCAAAUGCACUUAAAUUGGGAAAAUAACCUUUUUGUAUAAUAUUUUAUUCUAUCAUUAUUAAUAACUGUAUUUCAGUUUAAUUUUAGUAUAUCAUAUAAGGUGAAGAAUGUGUAUAUUGCAUAGAUUUAUUAGCCUAGAAUUUAAUAUGAUUCAAAAUGUUUGUUGAAAUAAAACAAAAACAAUUGAAUCACAACUAAUUUUAGUUAAUUAUACAUUCACCUUCUUAUUGUGUACCAUCCAAAAUAUGCUUUGUGUUAUUUUAUUUUAUUUUGACUAAAGGCUUAGGCUUUGUGUUAUUGUAACAACCAAUUUUGAAUUCUAAUCUUCUAACUUCAUUUUAUAAUAUAUUUUUAUAAAAUAUGUGCAUUACUUUUUCAAAUAAAAAAAAUUAAAAUUAAAUUUAAAAUUUAUGAAACUUAGACUAAUAUAUUUUUAUAAGGAAUUUUUAGUGUAUUUAAAUCAUUAAACUUAAAAAAUAUUUUUUUAUUUUAACCAUUGUAUGUCUCUGUUUCGAAAAGGAGAUACAUCUUUUAAUGAUUAUAUUAAAUAGACCAUAUUUACUAUAAUAGUAAGAAAACAUGUUACAAUCGUAAGAAAUAUUUAUGAAAACUAAUAAUAUAUUAAUAAAACAGGAUUUGAUAAAUAAACAAUAAAAAAAUACAUGUAUAACAAAAUUAAAUAUACAAUGAAUAUAUUUGUUCAUUCUACUAAUCAUUUUAUAUAUACUUUCCAAUAAAAAUGAAUACAAAAUUUAGAUUUGCCUAAGACAAAAAACAAUGAAUAAUUUAAAAUUAUUUUGUAAUUAUCUACCUACUUAUAUUUUUAUGAAAGAUUAUAUCAUUUUAUUUUAAAAUAAACAUACUAAAUAUAUAAUUAAAAUUAAAAUUCAAACAAAAAACCCGGGCGUAGCCCGGACCCGAUCCUAGUAUGUAUAUAUUUAAUUCGUUUCUACAAAAAAAUGGAACUUUUUAAGUUAGCCGACCUUUAUAAAUUCUCAUAAGUUGCCCAACUUUUUUUGACGCAAGAAAAUAAGUUAGAAGAAAAAAUGGUUGCACACAUCCAAAAGAACCUUUUUUUUUUAUGAUUGUUUACUUCUUGUUGUCUCAUCAUACGUAAGAUUUAGCAUGAUGGUUACAGAAGGUGAGACCGAGUCCAUAUGCAACAUAAAAGAUGUCGAUUCUACACUCUGUUUUGAGGUUCUAAAACCAAACCCAAAGUUGGAUUUUACUGGCCUCGCCAACUUUUUGACCAAUUAUACGUUUCGGAUACGUUGAAGCAAUUAAAGUUGCAUGAAGGCAACAUGACGGAUUGGCAAACGAUCAAAUUAUGCAAAGAGAUUAUGAAAGCUCUCUUUAUCGUGAUAACCUUGCUCUAAAAGCUUUGGCAGCCAAGGAUUAUGACACCGUAAACAUUAAUGCCGGAGCUGCCUCGGACAAUAUGAUUUCGUGCAAUGAGGAAUUGUCAACGUUAAAGCCAGUACCACAAUCCUUGAUCACAAAGAAUACUGUCAUAGAAAAUCAAAGCGACCUCGAACCCUAACAACGAAGCUCGUUCUCGUCGACCUCGCCGGCUGCAGCUUUGCUGGUUGGUCCCAGCUUUCACAUCCUUGCCGUCUACUACUCAUCUCUCCCUCUCUAUCAAUUUCUCUGCCAUGGCCUCUCCGAACUCCACCUUGCCGUCUCCGUCGAGUAACAGUGGCAAGCUUCAAGAUCAUCUUCUUCUGACCUCAGGAGCUUCAUCGGCAAAGUCUAAUGGUGCUACGGGCUCUGAAUCCUUGCUCCACCAAGAGACCAACUCAGCUACUCUGGCCUCUGUCUCUCCUCCUUUGUCUCCGUCUCCAUCUGUUGAAACCAGCGGUACACUUGUUUCUCUGCCAGUUCUCAAUGCACAAGCAGCUCCACUGGUUUACAAGUGUGACUCACAAGCACCUGUAGAAGCCAGUGACAUUCAAGCACCCCAUCAUGUGCCUGCUCCUCCACUGAUUGCUACCCAAGCUCCUCUUUCUCAGUUUGUGCCUUCUUUGGGUUCAUGGGCUAAACCACUCAUCUUUAAGCCCUCCGUUACUCCUCCUGACCCAAGUACUCCAAGAGGUUACGACCCUAACCUUGUGGGAAAUCAACUUGCUGCUCUUUGGCCAACUCUUAAUGAUGAAAUCUUGAACAAGCAACACAAGAGCAAGCAUCCUACUCGCUCCCUGCAGAUUCCGAUAGAGAAAAUGCCACUUCCGGAGCUUAAAGCUGAUGGCACUCUCCGCUUCCCAUGGGCUGCAAGAUUGGGUCUCAAAUCACGCAAUCUGUAUCGGGCAGCUUCACCUACCUACCAGCUCGAUGGUACACCUGAGGUAUCAAUCCCUUCUAAAGUCCUUAAAUUAGGACCCGAGAACAAGGAUGAAUAUGUUAUUGGAAAAUUUCAUAAAUGUUCUUUACCUCCGGGUGGCCUAGUACAUGCUGUAGUCAAUAGACUCUGGGGAAGAAGCUGUAAGAUUUCUUGUAAGAAGCUCAAUGAUUCAUCGUAUAUGUUUCAUAUCCCACAUCAACCUACUCGUCAAUGGAUUAUUCAAAGAGGAGUAUGGCAUAUUGACAAUUGCUUGCUUUUUGUGUUGCCGUACACUCCAGAGGGUUCAUUCAAAAUUCCGGAAUUUUCAACUCUUCCGGUAUGGGUGACUUUGAAGGACAUUCCCGAUUGCUGCUACUCUAGAUUGGGUAUUAGUCAUGUUGCCUCUGGUCUCGGUGAGCCCAUCUUAACACAUAAACCUUGUCUAGAUCCUACCAACAUGGGUGAAGCCAAAGUAUUGGUGGAAAUGGAAUUGGAUAAGGACUUUCCAAAGCUUAUAGCUCUUGAUGAUAAACAAGGAAAUAUUUUUCUAGUUAAGGUUGACUAUACUUGGAUCCCUACUACAUGUGAGAGGUGUGGGUGUUUAGGCCACAAAGAGAAGAGGUGCCUUCAGCCUCCCAAAGUUCCAGAAAAUUCUACCUUGCCGUCAAAUUCAGUGGCUAUUAGUGCGGAUGUACCUGUUGUGGAUAUUGAUAUAAUUAGUCAUCAAAAUAAGAAUGAUGCCCCAUCCACUUCAACAUUUCAACAAAAAGAGCUCACUCACCAAAAAACCACCACUUCUAAAGUUGCUCCAAGCUCAGGUUCGGAUUUUGUUACUAAUCAUGAACCACUGUUUGUUUCCUCAGAUGUUUCUACGGAAAGCCAAGUUGCACCUGCCGCAUCGCCAAGCUUGAUCACUUCUACAGCCAUCUUAGCAGAUGUUCUAUCUGCUCAUGCUGCCACUACAACACCCAUUAUGGAAUCUGUUCCAUCAAACAAUAUCAUCAAGGAGGUCCAAAAAACCUCGGUUGUUGACCCUGUAACCACAACACCUAACGCUAAUUCAUUCGAGAGUCCUUCUUGUUUCUCUGUGCUAGGUGACGUAGACGAAGCUGAGAUAGAGCCGAUGGGCUCUCUCAGCUUGACAAGAGGUGGGAGAGAAACAAAACCUCCCAUCAAAUACCAAGAUUUGGAAUGGAAGACAUUACAAGGGAGAGGAAAACAUGGUCCGCGUGGCCGUGGAUCCAAACGCUAGCUACUGUCUUUUAUCUCAUAGUUGGUUUUGCUAAUUACUACCUAAGAAGUUUUUUAGGUAUAAGAUUUUAACUAUCAUGAUGUGCUCAUGCAAGCUUUAUCUCGCUAUAGGGUUUUAUCACUCUAUCAUGUAAACCUUUUAUGCUAUUUAAAUUUGAAAG